AUGAUCCACAAAAAACUCAAGCUUUUUCCUCUCAGGAUGAACCCACAGCUUAACCCCAUCCCACGACUCCAAAAUCCCCAUGCAAUCACUCCUUACCAUUAUCCCAGCAAGCAAAACCAGCCCAUCGCCAUUCCCAACCCGGUUCCUAGGCUCCACCGGUCGGAAAAUAAUAUCGUUGAAAGAAUAGACAGAGCUUCGUUUUUAGCUUCCGGGUCUUCGAAUUGGACGCGGCCAUGGCCUCUGGAUUUCCAGUUCUUGCGUUCGGUGAAAAUCUCGAGGGCGAAGAUUGUGCCUUUGCCUAAUUUGGACUCGAGGAAAGUUAGAAGGUCUUGGGCUGUGGCGGACGGCGGGACGUUGGCUACCUUUACUGACCCUAAAAUCGCCUCACCCCGCCAUAGCUAUCGAACAAGCGCUGCGUUGUCGCUGGAGCCGCCAAUGUUCGCCGGUGGAGUGCAAGUGAAGGAAUCCCUUACUCUCCUGGAGAUCUCGUUACCGGAAUCGACCUUUUGGGGAAUAAUCUUUGCGGCCCGGUCGAGAAGCUCGCUCGCCCCACCACUGUCGGCCCGCCGCCGUCUUCCGGCUUUUGAGCAAGGUCUCCGGGAACACCAUCUACGGUGUCCCGAAUCCUUAGAACCACACCCAGCAUGUGACCCUCACUCACCUCCGGCGCAUCAAGCGCCUCCAAUGCUUCCGAAACAUUCUGGACAGCCCCACACUGAUUUAAAGGCCUCUUGUAACCUCCUUGAUAGCUGUAGAGACCGGCGCUACGUGACUCUUCAUGUGGCACUCUGUCUUCUACUUGAGCGGUUCGUGAUAAUAAGCCGGCCCAAGGCCAAGGGUGACUCUGGGAGAAGAAGAAAAAACAACGGAUGA